AAAAAAAUUACAAAAAAUAUAAAAACCAUUUCAUAUUAUUUAUGUGUGACAUAAAAAAUCACAUGAAUUUAGCUUCAUCGAUAGGUUCAUCAUUGAGUCGUGUAAGCAGUUCAAGUCCAAGUAGUACACCAACAGAUAGCGAGUCGCAAUCACACGUCGGGCAUGUUGUACUGCAACAAAUUAACUCCAAUCAUACAAAUAUUCCUACUUCAAUUUCCAUGCAAAAUAAUCAUGUUCUUCAUAAUAUCAGUAAUUCGGCGCGUAGUAGUGGUCAGGAGGAGGAAAUUGCACCGCCAAUUGCUAGUCGACCAGAGAGAACAAAAUCUAUCUAUACACGUCCAGUCGAUGAACCGCCUAUGUCACCACUGCCUCAUCCGCAUAUUAAUCACAAUUUGAAGAGUCCUACGGUGGAUAAAAAUAAAAAUACAACGCCAAUUAUGACACCAGUAAUCACAACGAUGACAAAUAAUAAUACAGCAGUGACUGUAAACACUACUGUAACAUCACCAAUAACGACAACUGAGCAGCAGCCGCAACCGCAAGCACCUCCGACAAAUCAAACACGCAACUCAACGAAGAAAAAGAAAAUGUCUGAUGAGGAAAUUCUUGAGAAGCUGCGAACAAUUGUUAGCGUGGGUGAUCCGACAAGGAAGUACGCUAAAAUGGAAAAGAUUGGGCAGGGCGCUUCAGGGACCGUUUAUACAGCAAUUGAAAGUUCGACUGGUAUGGAAGUAGCAAUAAAGAGAAUGAAUUUAAGUCAGCAGCCGAAGAAGGAGCUCAUUAUUAAUGAAAUUUUAGUGAUGCGAGAGAAUAAGCAUCCGAAUGUUGUAAACUAUUUGGACAGCUAUCUCGUGUCGGAGGAGCUAUGGGUUGUAAUGGAAUAUUUACCUGGCGGUUCUCUUACCGAUGUUGUAACGGAGACGUGCAUGGACGAAGGACAAAUUGCAGCCGUGUGUCGUGAGGUUCUGCAAGCUCUCGAGUUCCUUCAUAACAACCAAGUGAUACAUCGAGACAUUAAAAGUGACAAUAUAUUAUUGGGUUUGGAUGGUAGCGUUAAGUUAACAGAUUUUGGUUUUUGCGCACAAAUAUCACCUGAGCAAUCAAAACGAACUACUAUGGUUGGCACACCAUAUUGGAUGGCGCCAGAGGUAGUAACAAGGAAACAGUAUGGACCAAAAGUUGAUUUGUGGAGUCUUGGAAUUAUGGCUAUAGAAAUGAUCGAGGGCGAGCCUCCUUAUCUUAAUGAAAAUCCCUUACGUGCGUUAUAUUUAAUUGCAACACAUGGUAAACCUGAGAUUAAAGAGAAGGAGAAAUUGAGUCCAGUGUUUCAAGAUUUCCUUGAUCAAUGCCUUGAAGUUGAUGUAGAUCAGCGAUCAAGUGCUACUGAAUUGUUAAAGCAUUCUUUCUUAAAACUCGCACGUCCAUUGGCUAGUCUGACACCAUUAAUAAUAGCAGCUAAAGAGGCAACAAAAGGGCACUAA